AUGGUGCUCCAACUGGAUGAUGAUAUGCAGGAUAUGUUGGCUAUGUUAGCUGAUUUUCAGAAGAGAAAAACCUCCGUUGAGGAAAGAAUGGCACUUGCAAAGGAAUGCGAAAGUUCGCAGCUAGUUUUCGGGCCUGCUGUGGGUGGGUUGGAGAGGCUUGAAUCUGAGCGAGUUCUACAAAAAUACGAGGAUUUCGCCCUGAAGCUCCACGAAGCAAAGAAACUCUUGGCGGAUACGAAAAAGAUUUCUGCAACUUGUAAGCCUAGACGUGUGAAUCAGUUUGAUCCGAAAUUUGAAGGCCGUAUAUAUGAGAGCAUGAAGAACUUGUCACGUUAUUCAUCUGCGGUGCGAUUACGCAUCGAUGAACUGGAGAGGAAGGUUUUAUAUCUGACCUCGCGACCGGAGUAUGUUCCUUUUAAUAUACCUAUCCCACUACUUUGA